AUUGGGCACGCUCUCGUGACCAGGCCGCUAGAAGCAUUUACUACCUUUACUCCUCUCAUCAUCGUUGUUGAUUUCAUGCACGUAUCACACGAGUCAGGGCUGCUCACUUCGUCUUCAAAAGCCUGGGUGGGAAAGGGCAAACUCGAUUCAUCGAGGGUUUUCGACUUCUUUAAUCUGGCUUAUCUUGCAACGACAGGACUAUGACCGACUCAUCAUCGACAAACACGCCGUGGGCCUCACGCGUGAAGGCCGUUCUGGUUUCUACAUCUCCUCGCGAGAAUCCCUCUCUUGCUGGUUUUCGUCUUGCCUAUGAUAAGAAUACUAACAAAGGAUGCAUAUCUCUCAGUAUCAAGGCACAUCUAUCGAAUCGUCUGAGCGGUGAAGAAGAUACGUUGAUAUUGAGAAUCCCUCCCGAGUCGGUCAAGACAUGUAGCUUGAUCUCGGCCAGCGACGAAACACUUUGUUCAGACUAUUUUGCUUCGAAACUUCCGACGAGAGUAAAACACGUUCGGGACGUCUCAACACUGACACUGGAAUUUGUUCGGGCGCCUGCGGAGGGGACGGUUCUUUGCCCGUCUGAGAUGUCGUCUCCACUCUCCGCGACUCAUGGAGAUUGGAAUUUCGCUGCUUUUGCAAGGAUAUGUGAAUUCAAAUCUCUACGUAUCCAUUUUGCCGCGCGACAGUUUGUGGGUGGCGAACUCGGGAUGCUGAAGGCUUUCGUCCGUGGCCUUGAGACAAGAAGCCUUAAAGCAGUAUCUUUCGAUGACUCUCGUCAAGGUCUGGUCGUAAGAGUUUGGAAGGAUCUGAAUGUGUUGCUUGAGCGACCGCCAGACUAUGAGGAGCCUGCGUCCGAGCAGGUCAAGCAAGCGGAUCCACCCCCGUAUAAUGAGGAACCCAAGUCAGCGCAUGUAGGUGGGAAACGGGCCCGAGACCACUCGUUAAUCCCAUCAUCCGAGGAUGACAGACGAAAGAGACCGCUCUUUACAUCCCCGGAACCGCCCUGCUGUCCCACCGAAAUCAAUACACCUAGUACUCUCCCGCCUACCUCGCCGGCCUCAAUCCGGCCAACCGACUUUACACGCCGUUCCUCUCCAAGCUGUACGGAGCGAGCCACACUUGCACGUCUCGAACAUAUGCUCCGCGGUGCUUCUGCUGACCUGAUCUGUAAAUUAUUGAUUCGAUUAGCCAGUCGAUGUCUACACGCUAUACCCGGGGAUCCCGAGAGUCAUCGGGUGUCUGAUUCCGAGAAAGUCAUGUGUGCCCAGGUGGAAUCCAUGGAACGCCGCCUCGAACGCAUUGUCGAGGAGAAGAUCAAGUGUUUCAUCGAACCACAUAUCCUCAACGCGAUUAUCGACAGUGCUGUAAGCGAGUGCCGGGAUCAGUUCUUGGAUGACUGCCACCUUCACGAGACCGAGUUUCGCGACCAGGUGGAGGACAGUAACACCGAGGUUCGCAUUACCGCCAACGAUUGCAUGAAGGAGAUGGAGGAACAAGCCCAACGGCAUCUGGAGGAGAUCAAAGAGCAAGCCCAGCAGUAUAUGCACAAGAUCGAGGAUCAGGGAACCGAGGCGGAGCUGUUGGCGGAGAAAAAGAUCGCGGGAUUAAAGCGUUGCUUGCAGAUGUCAGCGCCGUCUCUACCUACUCACAAAUCAAGGCCUACUAGCCAGGAACUUACUAGCCCCAAGGGCAGACGCAACUCCAUCUAGUGCUUUGAUAGUCGGCAUGCAUCUCUUGGCGUUGUUGUCGUGGACUUGGGUUUUUAGGCUCACGAGAUGAUCAGUGAAGGGACCAGCAUCUAAAUCCUGCCAGGUUUUUGGAGGGAUAUCUGAAGCACUGAGUUUAAUGAAUGUUCUUCCAGGAACUCAGUCAAGGUUGCCCCCUCUGCAGUUCCCGCCAAUGAUCUUCAGUGCCGCACAAAGGGCCGGCCGGCCCUAAGUCCAGUCAGGUUCCGUCCCGAUCAGACCCAAAGUGACGACUCAUGCCUAAGGUAGGCAGUUCAAGGCAUACUAGAAGUAAGCCUAGGUGCCUACAACCGAGGUAGCUCAAUGGACAUUGGGUGGGCUCGCUGCCAGUCAUGGAUACACGGACUUUGCAAGGACUUCCAUACACGCAAGAUGGAGAGCAACA